AGGAUUAAUCGGUCAUUUCGCACCAAAAACCCUAGCUCAUAAAAAUCACCAUUUCCUGGUUUCGCCUCUCUAUAUACAAAGCAGACGAAACCCUACCGACGAUCUCCGCCUCUGCACCCAUCGUUCUGUGAAAAUGCCGCCGAAGUUCGAUCCGUCUCAGGUCGUCGAGGUUUUCGUCCGAGUCACCGGCGGCGAAGUCGGCGCGGCGAGUUCACUCGCCCCGAAGAUCGGCCCGCUCGGUCUCUCUCCGAAGAAGAUCGGCGAGGACAUCGCCAAGGAGACUGCCAAGGACUGGAAGGGCCUCCGCGUGACCGUCAAAUUGACGGUCCAGAAUCGUCAGGCCAAGGUUUCCGUCGUCCCAUCCGCCGCCGCGCUAGUCAUCAAGGCUCUCAAGGAGCCCGAGCGUGACCGGAAGAAGACGAAGAACAUCAAGCACAACGGAAACAUAUCGCUCGACGACGUGAUCGAGAUCGCGAAGAUCAUGCGCCCGCGCUCCAUGGCUAAGGACUUGCGCGGCACUGUUAAGGAGAUCCUCGGAACCUGUGUAUCGGUUGGGUGCACUGUAGACGGAAAGGACCCAAAGGAUCUGCAGCAGGAGAUUGAUGAUGGGGAAGUGGAGGUUCCUGAAGCCUGAGCAUCAGAAUAGGGGGUAAGGAAAUGAGCACUUUCCAUAUUGGGAGUUUUUGAACUCUAAAUCUUCUUGAAAUACUAGUAAUUAUGUUUCCUUUUGUCAUCUGCAUCAUGUUUUUUGAGUUUUAGUUUCUUCUUCCAUGGAUAAUUUUGAUUUACAAUGAAUGUAUGGGUAGACUGUCUUCAAAUUUCUUAUUUUGGAUCAAUCUGCCCUCUUCAUUUUCACUGCUUGCAUUUGAUUUUUAUUGUGUAUCAUUGAAGUGUUCUGUUAUAAAGCUGCCUUCUGAUC